GUGAGAGAGAGGGAAACAGAGAACAGUGUUUGAUUUCACUUUCACUUUUCAGAGCUGACUCACCUGGGUGUGAAAUCAUAUACGGACAACCACAUACACAAAUAAUUGUACAAAACCCUAACAAAUCACACACAGCACGAACAUGGCUAUCAAUUACCCAGAUGCACGAAAGGAUGACAGUAAGGUGGAUGAUUAUAAUGGAGUAAAAGUUCCAGACCCUUACCACUGGCUGGAGGACCCUGACAGUGAGGAGACCAAGAUGUUUGUGGAAGAGCAAAAUAAGUUGUCUAUGCCAUUCCUGGAACAGUGUGCAGUCAAAGAGCAGUUCCACCAGCGCCUCACCGAGCUCUACAACUACCCCAAAUACAGCUGUCCUUUCAAAAGAGGAAAGAGAUAUUUUUAUUUCCACAAUGAGGGUCUGCAGAACCAGGAUGUCCUCUAUGUGCAGGACUCUUUGGACAGUCCUGCGUCUGUGUUCUUUGACCCAAACACUCUCUCAGAGGACGGAACUGUGGCUCUCAAGAUGGGUCGCCUGUCAGAGGAGUGCGAGUAUUUAGCGUAUGGUUUGAGCAGUGCAGGCUCUGAUUGGGUGACAGUUCACUUCCUGAAGGCCGAUGAUCUCACCCAGCUGCCUGAUGUUCUGGAGAGGGUGAAGUUCAGCUGCCUGGCCUGGACCCAUGACGCCAAAGGCAUCUUCUACAACUGCUACCCUCGGCAGGAUGGCAAGGCUGAUGGCACUGAGACCACAGCAAACCUAAACCAGAAACUUUACUACCAUGUGAUUGGCACCAGCCAAUCAGAGGACAUCCUGGUGUCUGAAUUUCCUGAGAACCCAAAAUGGCACAGUAGCCUUACUAUUUCUGAUGAUGGCAGGUAUGCAGUGCUGUCCAUCACUGAAGGCUGUGAGCCAGUGAACCGUCUGUGGUACUGUGACUUGCAGCAGCUGGCCAGCGGCAUCACAGGUUUGCUGCCAUGGGUGAAGCUGGUUGAUACAUUUGAAGCACAAUACACGUACAUCACAAACGAAGGCACCGUCUUUACUUUACGCACCAACCUGGAUGCUCCACGUUACCGCCUCAUUAACAUAGACCUGCAGAAACCAGAGCGGACACAAUGGAGAAACCUCAUAUUCCAGCACGAGAAGGACGUCCUGGGCUUUGUGGAGUGUGUGAACCAGCGCCAUCUUCUGGUGAAUUAUAAGCAUGACGUAAAAGACAUCCUACAGCUCUAUGAACUAGACUCAGGGAAACUGAUCCGAGACCUGCCGUUAGAUGUGGGCACUGUGGUCGGUCUCAGCUGCAAAAAGAAGCAUCCAGACUUCUUCUACAAGUUCACAUCUUUCACUACACCAGGUAUAAUCUACCACUGUGACCUGAGUCAGCCCAACCCAGAGCCCACAGUCUUCCGACAGGUGCAAGUAAAAGGCUUCCAGCCGAGUGACUACCAGACAACUCAGGUGUUUUACCCCAGUAAGGAUGGCACAAAGAUCCCAAUGUUCCUCGUACAUACACGUGGCAUAGAAAAAGAUUGCUCUCACCCAGUCUUCCUCUAUGGUUAUGGAGGCUUUGAGAACUCAAUUCAGCCAUACUACAAUACUGCAUAUCUGCUUUUUAUACGACAUCUGGGUGGUAUCCUGGCUGUAGCUAACAUCAGAGGAGGAGGAGAGUACGGCCAAACCUGGCACAAAGCUGGCACACUUAGGAACAAGCAGAACUGUUUUGAUGACUUCCAGUGUGCUGCUGAGUACCUGAUCCAAGAGGGAUACACCACUUCCAGCCACAUUGCCAUCAACGGAGCCUCCAAUGGGGGCCUGCUCGUGGCGGCAUGUGUGAACCAACGGCCGGAGCUAUUUGGCUGCGCGGUAGCUGAGGUCGGGGUCAUGGACAUGCUCAAGUUUCACAAAUUCACCAUUGGUCACGCCUGGACCACUGACUAUGGCUGUGCGGAUGACCCUGAACAGUUUAAAUGGCUCAUCAAGUACUCGCCCCUUCAUAACCUUCCUCAGGGCCCUCGAGACGGGCCCCCGUACCCCGCUAUGCUGCUGCUGACUGCCGAUCAUGAUGACCGAGUAGUGCCCCUGCACACUCUGAAGUAUGUGGCCACUCUACAGUAUGGAGUGGGUCGCAGCCCUAGACAGACUCAGCCGCUGCUGGUCAGAGUGGAUACACGCAGUGGACAUGGUGCAGGGAAACCAACCGCCAAAGCAAUCUUGGAAGAUACACACAUAUUCGCCUUCAUAGCUCAGACACUGGGCUUGAGCUGGAGGGAGUGAGAGAAAGUCAGAGAAAGGUAGAAAUUGUCAAGUGAAACUUGUCUGUCACCCUGCAGAGUGAUAGUGUAAGGAAUACUGUAUAUGUAUGUAGCAACUGAAUGGAGGUAUAAAACAUGGAAAGUACUGAAUGAUUAGAUGUUGUCUUUUUCCACAGUGGUCAGCAAUCAUUUGCUGCUUUACAUGAAAUGUAAUACCCAAACAAACCAC